AUGACGCACACGAGCUUCAGCCGCUUGGUGGUAACUACUGCUCUGCUCGCAAGCAUUGCAUCGGCAAGCCCUGUCUUGACGCAUGAGUCCAAGAUUGGCGACCGCGUAGUCAAGCGCAACAUUAUCCAGGGAGCUUGCAGCGAGGAAGACUUUGAACGCUUUGCCGCCGACUACUCUGCUGGUAUUGGCUAUGCUAACAGGGUGAAUGAUAUCAUCAACGAAGACAGUUUCUACCUGUCCACGUUCUGGCCUAGCGACAGGCUGACGGAGGAGGACGUCGAUAAUUACAAGACCAAUUACUUGCAGCCAUAUGCGGGCUUGUCCAACGCUGGCGAUAUCACGGUUAAUAUCAACUGCCGUGAUACUGCGAAUGAAGCCUGUACUCAGCAACCCGAGAAUGCUCCACCGGGCUACGUGAGCUACGCCGUGACGGAUUUUGAGGAUGACAGUAUAACACUGUGCGAUGCAUACUUUACUCUGCCACCGGAUUCCGUUGCGAAUGAGGCGUGGUGUAGCGAGGAUCCAAUCCGUUCGCUCGAUGAGUUCGAAACUGGAGGUAAGCACCAGCUGUACAGCUUCUAA